CGGCAGGGGAGCAUCGGGGACCUGCGCAGCCAUGCGGGCGGCGGCGGGGGGCGCGCGGGCGGCCGCGCUGGCGCUGCUGCUGGGGGCGCUGCACGGGGCGCCGGGGCGCGGCGAAGAGUACGACUACUACGGCUGGCAGACCGAGCCGCUGCACGGGCGCUCGUACUCCAAGCCGCCCCAGUGCCUCGACAUCCCCGCCGACCUGCCGCUCUGCCACACCGUGGGCUACAAGCGCAUGCGGCUGCCCAACCUGCUGGAGCACGAGAGCCUGGCCGAGGUGAAGCAGCAGGCGAGCAGCUGGCUGCCGCUGCUGGCCAAGCGCUGCCACUCGGACACGCAGGUCUUCCUCUGCUCGCUCUUCGCGCCCGUCUGCCUCGACCGGCCCAUCUACCCUUGCCGCUCGCUGUGCGAGGCCGUGCGCGCCGGCUGUGCGCCGCUCAUGGAGGCCUAUGGCUUUCCCUGGCCCGAGAUGCUGCACUGCCACAAGUUCCCCCUGGACAACGACCUCUGCAUCGCUGUGCAGUUCGGGCACUUGCCCGCCACCGCGCCUCCAGUGACCAAGAUCUGCGCCCAGUGUGAGAUGGAGCACAGCGCUGAUGGCCUCAUGGAGCAGAUGUGUUCCAGCGACUUCGUGGUCAAAAUGCGCAUCAGAGAGAUCAAGAUAGAGAACGCGGACCGGAAGCUGAUUGGAGCCCAGAAAAAGAAGAAGCUGCUCAAGCCGGGCCCCCUGAAGCGCAAGGACACCAAGAGGCUGGUGCUGCACAUGAAGAACGGCGCUGGCUGCCCCUGCCCGCAGCUGGAGAGCCUGGCCGGCAGCUUCCUGGUCAUGGGCCGCAAAGUGGACGGACAGCUGCUGCUCAUGGCCGUCUACCGCUGGGACAAGAAGAACAAGGAGAUGAAGUUCGCGGUCAAGUUCAUGUUCUCCUACCCCUGCUCGCUCUACUACCCCUUCUUCUAUGGGGCCGCGGAGCCCCACUGAAGGGCACUCCUCCCUGCCCCACCCAGCCAGCUGUGCCUUGUCUUCUGUCUCCACCCCUGGGGCACACUCUCUCCUCCUGCCCACCUGGCCUCCCCCUACUCCCAGGCUGACCCAGCCCCUGCCGGAGGGUGGUUCAUGCAGAGCUGCUACCAGCACAGGCACUAAGGGAUGGACAUGGAGCCAGGCUGUCCUUGACCGAGGGGUUCUGGGGUCCUUGAAGGUUUCCUCCCAUAGGAGCAGAGGUUUCUCAGUUGGGAGAAAGUAGGCAGAGAGAAGAGAGAGCUCUAAGCAGCCUGAGGAGGUGGUUUCCAGAAUAGCCGGUGGUGUCAGCUCCCCUCUGUUGGCGGUGGGGCCUCGCCUGGGAGAGGGAAGUCUUGGUAUUAGGCUGAGCUACUUGAGGGACAGUUCUUGGCCCCCAGGGCCCCUUCACGUGUCCUCAUUGUAGCCCCCCCGAAAGGAAAGGGUCACAGUGCCCUCCAGCCACGCCUCCCCACCUUCCCAGUCUCUGCCCAUUUCCCUUCCCGCUGGGCCGGAGAGCAGCCCAGCCCAGCCCCGCUCCCAGACGCUCACUCCUCAGCCUCCGCGUGUCCCUUUUAUCCUGAUGACUGCUCCUGCUGCGAGGCCAUAGAUACUAGACUGAUGCAGGUAGGGUUUGGUUUUCUAUUUUUUUUUAAGUUUUUAAUUAAAUCAAAGAAAACAAA